AUGACUGUGUGGACUCUCACCACUAUGAUUGUUGGAAUUUAUAGUAUUAUACAUCAUUACCCAAGUAUAUUUAAGGCAAUAAUACCGCACUACAUCUUCCGCUUCUUCUGGAAAAAUGGAAUUGAAGGUUGGCUGUUGCUUGGAGGUACUGUGCUUUGCAUCACAGGUUCCGAAGGAUUGUUUGCUGAUCUAGAUCAUUUCAACAAGAGUUCCAUUCAGGAGGUGUACUUAACCUUCUAUCCAUUGGAUUUCCAUAUGUCCGUUGUUUUUGCAGUGACGGCUUACCCGAUCAGAAACCCAAAUGAUCAUGAUGAUGGGUUUCACAAUUUCAUACCGAAGACAGUUUAUUGGCCUAUCUUUAUCACAGCCAUAUUGGCAGCGAUAGUUGCAAGUCAGUCACUGAUUUCAGCCACUUUUUCUAGAAAGAUGGAGUGUGAGUUUACCCGUAAGUUAGAUUUACACAGACUAGAAGUGCUGUUAUCUGAGACAGAUGUUCAGAGAGUUCCUGGGCUUGGCAUCUUCUAUGACAAUGUACAAGAUGGGCUUACCCCAGUUAUUGGUCAUUAUAUAAAAACCAUGAGAUCUCUUCACAAGGUUACUAUUUUUAUGACACUUCAAUACUUGUUGGUUCCUAAGGUUGUCCCACAUGAGAAGAUUGUUGUCCAGAAACUGGGCCUCAAAGGUGCACCAAGAGGUGGACGUGGCCCCAGUUUAGGUUCUAGAUCUGAAGCAUUCCAUGUUGGGACAGACUCUGGAUUUGUUAUCAAGAUGAACAAAUUCUUUAGAUUGGCCUAG